AAAAGUGAUAAUAACAAUUUUAUUUUUAUUAUCUUCUGUAACUAUUAACUAAUCUAAUUAGUAAUUUCAAAUUUGAUUAAUUAACAAUUAAUAGUUAAUACGCAAGUACGCAACUCGUCCCGCAUUCCCACGGCAGGCGUUUACUUAGUGUUUUAGGAUAUUUGUUAGGAAAGCCGGUUCUUCGUAUAGAAGAUCCAAGACUCGCGAAACGCAUCCAAAAUGUUUGGAAAGACGUCGCUUGCCCUCCUGCGAUCGCUGACCCGUGAAUUCCGGUAUGUUACAUCUGACGGCAAAUUGCUCAACCGACCUUUAAUGCGGUUGAUACUAUCUGAAUAUCGAUCAAAUAAAGUCACCUCGGCGCAGUACUGCCGUGGACCAGAUGAGAUGAUCUGGGUUGCUGAAACUUACUUGCAGUAUAUACGAUCGCAGCGUAUAUGCCGCGAGCUCACAGACAAACAUCAGAAACGAGAAAAAACCGUUCAAGAAACUGCGGAUAUGAUUGGUUUUAGACUACCAUCUGCACCCACGAACGAUAAAGACAAUUAAAGUGUAGAAUUAUUUCUCUAUAUGUAAAUAGUUUUCUGUGAAAAUCAUUAAAGUGUUAAGAUAAUA